AUGGGGGCUGUACAGGUACCUUUGACGACACCGAGUCGAUUGGGGAAGCUCCCAAGCGUCUUCGACGUACAGACCAGGAAUCACCCACCGCUCUGCGGCAAUCCGGAGGGAUGGGGCCCUAUCAGCAACAUUCGUUACGAUUUCACUCCUUGCUUCCUCGACAUUUGGAUAGUGUUUGCGGCAGCAUGGGGAAUCGUGUUUGGAGUCGGCGCUGUGUGGUAUCUACUGAAGAAAAGAAUACCGCAAGAGGUACCUAAGAACUGGCACUUCUACGUGAAACUCUCAGUCAUUGUCUGCAUUGCCGUAACCACCGCCCUUCAAGCCGCGCUACAAAUCGAGCAACUCCCGAAAGUAUGGAUGAACGAUAUAAGAUUCUAUGCUCCAAUUCUCUUGCUGGGAUCAUUGGGCGUUAUAUUCGCAGUGCAAUACUCCGAGCAUUCGAGAGCAAGGAAUCCAAAUGGUGUCGUAUUGUUCUUCUGGGUGUUCUUCGUCAUUGCCCAUGGAGUUAAACUCAGGUCACUCAUUGCAAGAGAUGCCUUCCGAGACCGCCUACCCUUCUUCAUCAUAUUCACCGUCGGCCUUGGUCUAGGUAUUGUUGAGUUCAUUCUCGAAUACUUCGUUCCUAAGAAACAAAGCGUAUACGACGCCCUGGGCGCUGAGGAUGAGUGUCCGAUGGAAUAUGCCGACAUAUUCUCCAUUCUUACUUUUGGCUGGAUGACUCCAAUGAUGCGCUUUGGGUACAAGAACUUCUUGACGGCAGAUGACUUAUGGAAUCUGCGUCAGAGAGAUACCACCAAAGUCACGGGUGAUCUGCUACAACGAGCAUGGGAGCUCGAGCUCGAGAAGAAGAAGCCCAGUCUCUGGAUUGCUCUCGGGCGAGCCUUCGGUGGGCCGUACCUAAGAGGAGCCCUUAUCAAGACGGUCAGCGAUUCUCUAGCUUUCAUCCAGCCACAGUUACUGCGGCUACUUAUCAAGUUUGUGGACUCGUAUCGACAUGGCAACGUACCCCAACCAGCUAUCAGAGGCGUUGCAAUCGCCCUUGCAAUGUUUGCAACCUCUGUCUGCCAGACAGCGGCCCUCCAUCAGUACUUCCAGAGAGCUUUUGAGACGGGCAUGAGAGUUAAGGCAUCCCUCACUUCAAUGAUUUACUCAAAAUCUCUAAAACUGUCGAACGAAUCCCGCGCUACAAAGUCAACUGGCGACAUCGUCACGUACAUGAGUGUCGACCAACAGCGUUUGUCGGAUCUGUGUCAGUGGGGUCAGCAGUUGUGGUCGGCCCCUUUCCAGAUUGCGCUCUGCAUGAUCUCCCUCUACAAGCUGGUCGGAGUGGCUUGCUUUGCGGGUGUCGCCGCAAUGGUACUCAUGGUGCCUAUCAAUGCCUUCAUUGCUCGAUUCAUGAAGAGGCUGCAGUUGUCACAGAUGAAGUACAAGGAUAGUCGUGCGCGUCUCAUGACAGAAAUCUUGAACAACAUGAAGAGCAUCAAGUUGUACGCCUGGGGCUCGGCCUUCAUGGACAAGCUGAGCCAUGUACGGAACGACCAGGAGCUCAAUAACCUGCGCAAGAUUGGUGCUGCCCAGUCUUUUGCCACUUUCACGUGGAGCUCAACGCCCUUCUUCGUCUCCUGCUCCACCUUUGCAGUGUUUGUUCUUGUCAAUAAGCAGCCUCUGACUACCGACCUCGUUUUCCCGGCGCUGACACUGUUCAACCUCCUUACUUUUCCCCUCACCAUCUUGCCCAUGGUCAUCACUAGUAUCAUCGAGGCUACUGUCGCAGUGGGCCGCCUCACGGCUUUCUUUACGGCCGAUGAAUUACAGGAGAAUGCGGUGCGGUUCAUCGAUCAACCUGCUGAGCAAGCAGGCGAGGAGUCUGUCUCCAUUCGUGAGGCCACAUUCACGUGGGAUAAGAAUCAAGACAAGAACGUUCUGCAGAACAUCAAUUUCAAAGCGAACAAAAGUGAGCUCACCGCGGUCGUUGGUCGGGUCGGCGACGGCAAGUCGUCUCUCCUUCAAUCGAUUCUCGGCGACCUCUGGAAGAUCAAUGGCGAAGUGGUUGUUCGUGGUCGACUUGCAUACGUUGCACAGCAGCCGUGGGUCAUGAAUGCGUCGGUCAAAGAGAACAUCGUUUUUGGUCAUCGUUGGGAUCCUCAUUUUUACAAUCAAACCGUCAGCGCGUGCGCUUUGACAGAUGAUUUCAAGCAACUCCCUGAUGGUGACCAGACGGAAGUGGGAGAGCGUGGCAUAAGUCUGUCGGGCGGUCAAAAGGCGCGCCUGACACUCGCAAGAGCAGUCUACGCGAGAGCGGAUAUAUACCUUCUCGAUGACGUGCUGUCGGCGGUUGAUCAGCAUGUUGGGCGACACAUCAUCAACAAUGUCUUGGGCCCUAACGGUCUCUUGUCCGGUAAAGCCAGGAUUCUUGCCACCAACGCCAUCACUGUGCUGAAAGAAGCCGAUUACAUCUACCUGCUCAGAAAUCAGUCGAUUCUCGAAAAAGGCACAUACAAGCAACUCAUAGCUAUGCGUGGCGAAGUCUCUAAUAUCAUCAAGUCUGCCGUCUCGGAUGAGGGCGAACAUGGCGGCUCCGAGGCCGAAAAGAGCCCAAGCAUUGAAGGCAUGGACAGCGAUGAUUCGACAGCUUUUCAAGACGAAUUAGAUCCCGAAGAGGCUGAAGAAGCUCGACAAGAAGUCGGCGGUCUGGCUCCUAUACGCCCAGGACCGUCUGGUCCCUCGACUGCUGGCCGAAAGUCCAGCUAUGCUACUCUCCGACGCGCGUCUACAGUCAGCUUUCAUGGGCCGAUGGGCGCAGUCACUGACGAGGAGCAAGGUCUGAAAACCAAGCAAAACAAGGAGACGCAGGAGCAGGGCAAGGUCAAAUGGUCUGUUUACACAACCUAUGCGAAAGAGAGCAAUCUCGUCGCCGUCGGGAUCUAUUUCGUCGCUCUGGUCGCAGCCCAGACUGCCCAGAUCGGCGGCAGCUUCUGGCUGAAACGUUGGUCCGAGAUCAACGAGAGGACUGGAAUCAACCCUGAAGUGGGCAAAUACAUUGGGGUCUAUUUUGCGUUUGGCAUUGGAGCAGCAGGACUUGUUGUGAUCCAGACCCUGCUGCUCUGGAUCUUCUGCUCUAUUGAGGCAUCUCGCAAACUCCAUGAUCGCAUGGCCUAUGCGAUCUUCCGAUCACCAAUGAGCUUCUUUGACACAACACCCAUUGGACGUGUCUUGAACCGAUUCUCAUCCGAUAUCUAUCGCGUGGACGAGGUCAUUGCACGCACGUUCAACAUGCUCUUCGUCAAUACAGGUCGAGCGAUAUUCACCAUCGGUGUUAUUGCAGUAUCCACACCAGUCAUCCUCGUCGUUGUGCUACCGUUGGGCGUUGUCUAUGUCGUCUACCAGAAGUAUUACCUUCGAACGUCUCGGGAGCUCAAGCGUCUUGAUAGCGUCAGUCGAAGUCCGAUCUACGCUCACUUUCAGGAAUCACUCGGUGGCGUUUCUACCAUUCGAGCAUAUCGUCAGCAGGGGCGCUUCGCUCUGGAGAAUGAAUGGCGCAUGGAUGCGAAUCUACGAGCAUAUUUCCCGUCUGUGAGCGCUAAUAGAUGGCUUGCCGUUCGCUUGGAGUUCAUCGGAUCAAUCAUCAUCUUCUCAUCGGCCGUCUUCGCCAUUAUCUCGGUCAGCACAGGAAGCGGUCUAUCCGCGGGUAUGGUUGGUCUUGCGAUGUCCUAUGCACUACAGAUUACGCAAUCCCUGAAUUGGAUCGUCCGACAGACCGUAGAAGUCGAGACCAACAUUGUGUCAGUAGAACGCGUGCUUGAAUAUGCGAACCUCCCAAGCGAAGCACCAGACGUCAUCUUCAAGAAGCGACCUAACAUAGGCUGGCCGGCCAGUGGUCAGAUCACACUCAAGAACUAUUCGACCAGGUAUAGGGAGAAUCUCGAUCCGGUGCUCCGCGAUAUCUCGUUGAGCAUUAAUGCGAAGGAGAAGAUUGGGGUUGUUGGCCGCACCGGAGCAGGCAAAUCCUCACUCACUCUGGCCCUGUUCAGGAUAAUCGAGCCAAUCUCAGGGAAUAUUAGUAUUGACGGACUCAACACAUCAACCAUUGGGCUUCUCGAUCUUCGACGUAGACUGGCCAUCAUCCCGCAAGACGCAGCACUAUUCGAGGGAACCGUCCGAGACAACUUAGAUCCGCGUCACGUUCAUGAUGACACCGAGUUGUGGAGUGUGCUAGACCAUGCGCGCCUCAAGCAGCAUGUAUCGGAAAUGCCAGGCCAGUUAGAUGCUGCGAUCCAUGAAGGAGGCUCCAACCUUAGCCAAGGUCAACGUCAGCUUGUGUCCCUUGCACGAGCUCUUUUGACACCGAGCAACAUUCUGGUACUGGAUGAAGCGACAGCUGCCGUUGACGUUGAGACAGACGCCCUGCUUCAAGCGACGCUAAGAAGCACCGUGUUCGACAACCGCACCAUCAUCACAAUCGCCCAUCGGAUCAACACCAUCUUGGACUCUGACCGAAUCGUGGUUCUCCAGCAAGGCAAAGUCGCCGAAUUUGACACUCCACAGGAGCUCAUCAAUAGACGCGGGUUAUUCUAUGAGCUCGUUCGUGAAGCUGGGCUACUGGACAAUUUUGGAAACGGCACUGUCUAA